AAAUUAUUUAAGAAGACGAACUUUUGAAGUCAUGAUUCAGAUCCGUCAAGCUUUUAAAGGGAGCCUUGUAAAGUGUCCUUGCAAAACCACGCCUUUAACUGAACAACAGUUGAAGGACCUGCUUAGGAUGGCCGACAAGGAUGGUGAUGGCAGCUUCAGCAAAGAUGAGCUUGUCAACGCAUUCCGUGACAUGGGUUCAUUUUUUCCGGGUUGGCGAGCACGACAAGCUCUCCAGUUUGCAGAUAGAAAUGGCGAUGGUCAGAUUAGCCUAGAAGAGUUUAAUCAGUUGGUUGCUUACGUUCGAAAACUGAAUUAUAAGAACGCCUGUCCUGGUAGCAAAAGUGCUUAAUAAGGUUACGCCUUCAUGAAUAAUAGUAAGAAGGCUUGUGUACUCCUUUUUUAAAACGUACUACUAAGCAUAAGCUUAAAGUUUUUUUUUGUCCCUUAAUUUGUAUUAAAAAUAAAAAUUCAA